AUGAGGGUAAGACUUGAGGCUGAAAUUCAGACCCUACCUGGCAACAAAGGAGUUCUGUUUUCUGAUUGGCUAACAGAGUGUUCAUCGGCAUAUUUUGAAGCUGCAACCGGGAUCUUAGAACCCAGUUACUGGCUGGAAGACUUGAACCUGUCCAGCGUUCAGGCCAACCUGUCGGACUGCUGGGCUUCAGACCUGGGGGACUCCUCUACUCAGAGUGGCAUCGACUGCGUCUGUGAAGGAGAAGUCUUUACGGAUGAGCUGAAGGAUCUUCUUCCACCAGACAUCUCUGCCCGGAGCAGAGAGGAACAGAUACAAUGGGCUCGCAAGUUGCUCUCAGCGGAGGGUGAAGACAUUCCCGACAAUCCGCCAAAACAAGGCAGACAGCCUGGAAUACCAUUCAGACCGUAUCCAUUCGGUAGAUACCAUGACACGUUUAGAUACAUAGAAGGCAGUAUUCUUAGUGUGACAGAGUCAGGUGCCUUGGACUUGAUUGAACCCUGCCAUGAGUACAAAGCUUUCACCAAUACCUCUGAUGAAACUAAGUUUGAUAAGUUCACUAAAGAAGUCAUUCGCUUUGGAGCUGCCUGCAUGAAUAGCCGCACCAAUGGCACCAUACACUUCGGAAUAGCUGACGAGCCACAUGGUCAGGUGUUGGGAGUGGUUGUCAAGGACAGAGAGGCCUUUACACGUCAACUUAAAACAGCCAUCGAUGGUUACUUUGAGCACAAACACAAAGACGCUGCUCAGAUUUGCAUCAAACCUCCUCGAUUUGUUGAGGUUCUCAACAAAAACACAACAUCAUCUGACAGAUGUGUGAUUGAAGUGGACAUCGCUUCCGAGUAUAUGAGCUGUAAGGACAACAUCUUUCACACUUAUAACACAAAAAAAGGCAAGAAAAAAGGAAAUGAGCUUGGAUCACAGCCCUCGAAGCAUUUCUACAUCAGAGAGGGCGGUAGCACCAGGGAUCUUUUGGCACCAACUACAUCAGCCAAACCUGGGGUGGAGUUUGGAAAAUUUGUUGACGGCAUAGCUCAGCUAUCAGAGCGCCGCAAACAGGCAGAGGAAAAACACUUGAGGGGGAUAAAGAGCAGUACUCAAGGUUCUAGGCUGAGCCAAAUGAUAACUGGUGGCGCUUCUUGUUUAGACAAGUCACACUUUGAAUGCUACGUGGUAGUGACCAACAAAUCCCACCCGAGUCAUCUCGAGUGUCUUGAAUUUUUCAUAGAGCUCAACCCAACAGCUGUUUUGGAUUUUGAUCCAGAAUCAGCCAAACAUGGGUUACAGCAUUACUGCGACCAGAAGAUGGCAGUGAUCCCACAUUCACCAGGAAUGUACAAAAUCACAGAGGGAAUUGAGGACAUCGCAAACAAGUUGAGAUUAACUCGAAACACCAGUUGGGUUUUCUGCAAUGGAGGUUUUGAUCGGGAGGCACCCUCCGACACUGACCAGUGGCUGAAGGACAAGGGAGGCUCCGUUCGCAAUGUGAUUUCCUUCCUGUGUCGGAAAGAUGUUCUUCCAAACAAGAGGUUCCUUGUGAUUUUCGUACUUUUGUCGACAGUUAGGGAAAGGAUGGACCCCCUUGUUGAGACUUUCAGUAUAUUUUUGCAGGAACUCAGGGGAACAGGCCAAAUCCUCUGUAUCUGUGACAGUGAAGAAGCAUUCACCUCUUGGAGGGAUCUAAUAGAAGCUCGGUGUGCAAUCAACAUCUCUAGCAGAUGCAUCUAUGAACUCAGUUUUGCAGAGGUCAACGGCACAAUCCUCAGUCUUUGGUCAAAGCACAGGAGAACAGCCCGUUUUUUACCCUGUGGUGGGGGAAGUAGUGUGCUGCUUGAGAAGAAACUGGAGAGUAGCCUGGACACCUUAGAUGUCCUCAGUGUUAACCAAUGCAAUGGAGAGAAUGAGGACAGAAUUGCCAUCGAGGAGAACUUCUACAAAGGAGGGAAAGUGUCCUGGUGGAAUUUCUAUUUCUCAGAGCAGCCUGGGUCGGUAUCUUUCAUCAAACGAGACAAGUUUGACUACAUCACGAACACACUCAUACAAGACUUGUGCUCCCUCAGAAAAGCCUGUGUGUUGCUCAACCUCUUUCAUGUACCUGGAUGUGGUGGAACAACCUUGUCCAUGCAUGUAUUAUGGGCUCUCCGGGAGCGUUUCCGCUGUGCUGUCCUCAGGAACCACAGUUCAGUCUUUGCUGAAGUAGCUGAUCAGGUGGUCAAGCUUUUAAUGUGUAAACAUGAGGAGCAGAAGCCAAGGAUCCCCGUGUUACUGAUGAUUGAUGACUUUGAUGACAUGGAAAAAGUUUUAUACUUGCAGCAGCUCAUUGAAAAAGAAUGUUCCAAGAAGGACAUUCAGUCCAAAUCUCCACAGGUGAUUCUCCUGAACUGCAUGAGGUCCGAGUUCUCCGAGUCGACUGAACCAACUUCAGAUACCAUUUUUAUUGGGAACGAUCUUUCUGAGAAGGAACAGAAGAGGUUUGAGGAAAAACUCAAAGAAAUAGAGCAAACACACAAAAACGCAGAAACCUUCUAUGGUUUCAUGAUCAUGAAGAAGAACUUCAAAAAAGAGUACAUUCAAGGUAUUGUCCGCAAAACUCUCAAGAGCUUUGACUGGAGCAAGAAGCAUGCACAGCUCUUGGCUGUUUUGGCUCUGUUGGAUGUGUACUGCAAGGGUUCGGCUCUCUCCAUCUCCUUGUGUGAAGACUUUCUUGACCUUCAACCGAAGCCUGUUUGUGGAAACAUCAAAGUUGAAGAUGCAUUUGGUAAAUUUUCCAACUUCAUCACCCGCUGCACAGUUGAAGGUAAAGUCGUUUUCAACGCUGUGAAAAUGAUCCACUCAAGUAUCUCAAAAGAGUGUUUGCAUGAACUUACGACAACAGGUGUAAGUUCAAAAGCAGAAAUCACCAACCUCCUGCUGACCACAAGCCAGUUUUAUGAGAGCAUACAAGGCAAAGACAAUCUCCUGCAAGAUGUUCGCCACAUUUUGGUGAAGAGAUAUUAUUCAUCAGAAGACGAAUGUCAGUUCUCUCCUCUCAUUCAAGACAUUGCAAGUGCAUCACCUGGAAUGGAGGAGCUGGUGCUACAAAACGCAUCUAAAAGGUUUCAGAAAGACGCCAUUGUGUCUCAGCUGCUGGCCAGGUACUACUACCUGAAAAAGAAGGAUUUCUCUGAAGCAAAAUCUUGGGCAAAGCAAGCAAGAGAUCUCUCCAAGGACAGCUCUUAUAUUGCAGACACAUCAGCACAAGUGCUGAAGCACGAACUGAGGAUUUACAUUCCCAGCAACAGGGAAGAGCCCGUCAGACCCAAAGACCUGGGCAAUUUCCUCACAGUGGCCCAGUCUGCCAUGGAAGGGUUUCAGGAAACACAGAGACUCGCAAAGAAGGAGUCAGCAUAUAGGUCAAAGGUUAAGGGAGACCAAUGCCCUAUCAACACAUCAGGGUGUCUGGGAGAAGUCCACGUUGGAGUACUCAUCAUUGACAUGCUCAAGAAGAUUCCUGUUUUUUCUCCAGACGGCGUCCGCCAUGACUUAAUGAGCCAGGUUCUCUCUGGAGACAUUAAAAUUCAGGAAGUGGAAGAGAAUGAUCCACGGAUCAGCAAAAACAAAACCUACUACCACAUUCUCAAAGAGUUUGAAGAUCUACUGUCCAACCUCAAGUACAGGAUGAAGAUGAACAUUGACUUCCUUGACAAUCUCCACGUGAAUCUGAGCUCCAGAUUUGGCAUGAAAGACAGACGUGAGGAAGUGGCCCAAAAUGAGCUUUUUAGAUGUCUCAUUGAAUAUGCAAAGGUUUUCUGCAAAACAGAUUCUGCGUCUAUUUUAAAGAAUAAAAUGAUGAGUGCCGGGAUGAAACUCUUGCAGAUGAGACAGUUCCUUGAAAGUAGAAAAGCAGACACCUUCUCUGGCAUUCUGAGUCACCUCUCCACAAACACCUCGGCUGAAGAAAUGGAGCAGAUCGUCACUAGGUAUAAAUAUAUUUUUCGUCCUGAACACAACCCAACUGUGAGGGAGAGAAUCAACUUCAUCUAUGCCAAUGUUGUGUUGAGUUGCAUCAAACUGAACUUCAACGUCCUUCUGUCACACCAAGAUCUGCUCAGUAUCCUUUCACAAGUUCUUGGGGAACAGGUUCAACAAAAUGACAGUUUGUCACUGUUCUUCAUUGCUGUUGUACUAUUGUGGCCACACCCACAUGGUUCAGUAUAUAAAGGUCUGGCAAAGUACAUCUCACAGAUGAAGGCCUCUUAUCACGAAGUGAUGAAGGACGUGUGGAAUGGCAAGAGUCCCAAAGUCCAUUUCCUCUUGGGGAAGAAGCUCGGCUACCAGCGGCUGGUGGAUAUCGGUGAAAUCAAAAGGUGCACUAAGGCUGACCAGGAACAAAUCACUUCCAUGUGGGGAAAUGGCAGAAUAUGGGAAGAGGAAGAAGUGAAGGAACGUCUCCUCAGGGUCACAGGCGAAGUGAACAAUAACAGAAUUCUGGCCUGUACCCAACAUCUGAGGCUUGAAGUGGCCCCAAUGUACAAAAGCCAGAUUAGUGGAGUUGCUGAGGGCUCAAAAGUCUCAUUCUUCUUGGGUUUCACAAUGAAACACCCACUUGCACUUGACAUUGAACUUUUAUCACAAAAACUGUGAUACAUUGAACAUGCAGUACACCAAACCCUAUAAACACCAUCUCCACUUAUAUGAAACUCCAACAAUAAGCACACCAAACCCACCACUUUAACCACUAGGCCACCACUCCCCAGACGUGUCAGGUUCAGGAACUAAUUUAUACCUAAUUUGUAAGGAGCAUUAAAAGGCAUUUCUAACGUUCUGAUUGGAUAACACCUGAAGCAACAUGGAUUCAUGAACUACCGUAGAUUUUAUUGGCUGUGAAGGUUCCACAGAGGUAUCAAUCAUCCAGAUCCAUCGUCAUUCCUGAGAUAAGUCCUACAGCUCAGCAACUGUUCCACAUGGAGGCGCUAGAACAUCCUGAAGAGCUCACUGCUACAAAUUAACCCAAAACUGUUCUAGUUGGGGUUAAUUCAUGCAUUUAGGGACAUUUAAAUCAAAUAAAGCUCAUGAUUUAGUGUGAUGAACUCCAGAGUGAGAGGUCUAAAGGAGGGUCUUCAAACCCACAUUUAUACUUCCAAACAUGGUUCCGCCCUCAGUCAGCCUUGUGAUGAAAUUAUAAGUCAAGAAAAUGUAAGGCCUUUUAAAUAUAUUUUUAUUCAAUAUUUGUUGUUGCUGUAAGUCACUGUAAAUAUUUUUGACAAAAUCAUGAAAAGUUUACGGGUCCUUAAUAACAUGUGAUUUACGUCUAUUUCUUCACGUAUAUGAAAUACUGAUUUUAACUUUUAACUGAUUUUAACUGGGUGGACUGGUCCGUGUUUUUGAUGAGUUAUUUUUUCGUUCAUGAAUGUUUGUCAAGAUUAAAAUUCUUUAUUUCACCUAUAAUCUUUAUAUUUCACAACACUUGUAUGUUUUUCUUUUAACUUUUAUAUUUCAUUAAAGAACAAUUUGAAAAUCAUGUUUUUCAAGGAGAGCUCCAUGCGCAUGUCUGCGACAGAGAGGUUGGCAAAUGUUCUUGCCAAGUGGAUGUAAAUGGCUAGCACUGUAUCUGUUCAAAUCUGUUAAAAAAUAAAUAAAUGACUUUAUAGAGCCACUGAUGUUUCUUCUUUGAUUUUAACACAUAGGGCAAAGCACUUCUGUGUGAAGCGUAUCUAUGUUAAGUGUUGUAGCGUCAGAAAAACUAAGUGUUGUAUACUAAAUUGUUUGUCUUUUUUUAAAUAAUUGAGUGUAAUAAAAAUAUAUCUUUUUAUAUUUUAGAUCUACUCUGUUGUCAUGAGUGCAAUGAACCUGUUUCCUUAACUAAUUUCCUAGGGGUGAAAUUCCCCCAGGUGGCGUUGUGUAACACAAAAAAAAAAGUAUAAUAUGUAUAUUUGACUGCAUGACUCAAUAUUGGUAUACUUAAAUAUGUAAGAGCAGUCAAACAUAUUAUGUAUAUGUCAUUUAUAUAUAUCAACACUGCCCUCCCCCUGACAUUUCAUUAUUCUCACAGGACUACAUGCAUCCUCAACAGACUACACCCCCCCUCUUCUUUUUUUCUGUCCUUUUCUGAUUACAAAUACCUGGCUGUCUUAUAUCUCUUCUUUCGAGCACAACGCAUUAUACAUUUAUUCACAUACACUGCAACACACCACACACUCCAAACUGCACCCAUCACUGUCUUUUCUCCUCUUCCCUACUUUUUCACGCUCCACAUUUGGUAAUAUUAGUCCUCUUCGGCAGAAUUUCUCUCCUUUCUCAUUCAUUCAUGGUGACACUGUCACUAAAAAUAACAUUGGUAAACAUCAUUAAACAUCUUAAAAAACAUUUUUUACUAACAAUCCGACAAAUGCAUUCAGUGGUGUAGUCUAAUUUUUUGUAGUGGGUAUACUGUCCAUACUCAUCCGUCCCACCCGUCCAACAUCUCAUAAGCACCAUCACCAGCUUGUGUCCAGAGGUGAAUAAUCCAGGUGCCAUAGAGUUAAAACCCCACCAUGUUUCUGGAUCAGCCUGUACAUUUAGAACAGUUGUUUUCACUAACGACCAUCUACCUGCAGAGGAGCUGCUUUAGUGAUUGGUUGGAACAACUGCUGGACUGGAUUUUUAUUUUAUGGCACCUGGAUUAUCCACCCCUGCUUGUGUCUGAUGCUGCCUCCUAACAUGUUCACGUAACUAGUCUUUAAGAAUGCUCUCAAGCUUUAUACUGUAGCCUGGGCAUUAGU